AGCACAGACAGAGAAGGUGGGAGGCGAAUCUCGUGGAAUUCUCUCUCCACUGCUCGCCGGAAACCAAGAAAUCGCCAACCCACGAAUCUUCCCUCACAACCAGUCCACACCGCCGCGCCAAGUCCCGAUCUUGCCGGCCGAGCUGCACUCCGGCCGUCCCCAGUUCCCCGGCUCGACCCUCCCGCCACGAAUUCGGACGGCUCGUCCACCCUGGCAGUUUCCAUGGGUGGUCGGGGCCAUUUGGGGGAAGAAAGGGGCGAGAAGAGCCCUCGUGAGGCUGACAUGGUGGGCCCACGUUCUGUGGGGGAUGGCUGGCAUAUGGUUUUUCAUCGGGUUCUUGGGGCAUCGUAGCCCCUGACGACAACCUGGCGAUCAGCAGCUGUUAUGUUGGGGGUUGCUCAUCUUCUUGCCCUGAUAAAAGUGCGAGCUUCCAUGGAAUUCAUAUUUUGUAUCGCUGGUCAGUUGUUUCUAAUGAGAGAAUAAGAGGCUGGGAUAGCAUAGCAAACAACCAUCAUCAUGGUUGUAUUUUGGAUGAAGUGGCAAAUUCCUCUUACAUAGGAGGAGUUGAGAACACAGAAACUCUUGGAACUACCGAUUUCCUGUACUAGCGUUAGUAGGAUGAAUUGGCGUUAAGAAAUAAAAACUUUUGUUGGAACCUUGGCUAGAGGUUUCUUUGAAAAUUUCAGCAGCCCCUUUGGUCCAUAACGGGGCGGGACUCAUUCUAUUAUGAUUCUUUAGAUUAUUCGCAAUUGAUGGCCGCUUGGAUGACUAGAAUGGCUCAUUCGAGCCACCACCUCGCCUAUUUGUAUCCGUGCUGUUUUGUCUUGCUUAGUGGCCAUGAAAUUGACCUGUCUGAGCUGAUCCAGGAUCGCAAUAGUAUGAGAUGGUGCACCGUCCCAGCUGUGGGCACAAGUAUUCCAGUAUCAGUUUGUGUUGCCUCUGUGACUUGUAUGAUUUGAUUGAUCUGCCUUGUAAACAGAACGACCAGUGGAAUGAUGAGAUAAAGGUGAAAACAACAUGGGCUCGAAUGAUGGACCAAACAGCAAAGCUAGCUUGGCUGCGAGGCAACGCUUACGGUGGACAGAUGAGUUGCAUGAACAAUUUGUGGAGGCUGUUACUCAACUUGGCGGUCCUGAUAGAGCAACUCCUAAAGGAGUUUUGAGAAUUAUGGGUACACCGGGAUUAACAAUAUACCAUGUGAAAAGUCACUUGCAGAAAUACAGGCUAGCAAAGUACAUUCCUGACUCUUCAGCUGAUGGUAACAAGGCUGAUAACAAAGAUCCAGGGGAUUCACUAGCAGGACUUGAUGGAUCCUCUGGAAUGCAGAUAUCUGAAGCCCUGAAGCUGCAGAUGGAGGUCCAAAAGCGGUUGCAUGAACAGCUUGAAGUACAAAGGCAGCUACAGCUGCGAAUCGAGGCACAGGGAAAGUACCUUAAGAAAAUCAUAGAAGAGCAGCAGCGUUUCGGUGGCGGUGGUAUAAAGUCUGAAACACCUGGUGCAGGAGCUACUGUCACAGCGUCGAGCGAUCAGUUCCCCGACUCUGAGAGGACAGACCCCUCAACUCCUGCACCCACAUCUGAAUCUGCAUCUCAAGGUGCAGCUUUCAAAAGAGACAGUGGAAGCCAGACUGAAGCAAUCAAGAGCCCAUGUCACGAUGAACCGCUGCUAACAGCAGAUUCCAACUGUCAUCCCGGUUCUCCUACUCUCAGUCCGAAGCACGAGAGGGCAGCAAAGAGGCAGCGAGGCAGCGAGGCUGAAUUCCCGGAGGCCGAGUUAUCCCUUCCGCAGCAUAUCUUCGAGUCGAGCUCGGGGCCGGAGUUCCAGCAAUGUGCGGUGCCCUACUACUCGGGUCAUUAGCCUCCCGGCAGCUACAUUUUGGCAGCAUCUUAGAAUGGUGUCAUCUAAGGGGAUAUGUUGUAUGUUGACAAAAGUUAGGUGUUUCCAGGUGGUUGUUUACAUGAUGCAUACUUACACAUGACAUCUAUAUCUUGCAUUUGUAGCGCCUUGACUUGUAACCUUAUUGGCAGAUGAGUUGACCAGUUUGGGUGGGGUGGGCACUGUUAGCCUGUUUUUUACAUGCUAUGUUUUCUACUCU